ACCUUUGAUCGUGGGAGGAACUUCUUUAUUUUGGCGGACCAACAUGGCCGCGCUGUGGAGGAGAUUGCACUAUCUCAGUUUAUUCAGGAGUUCUAUCCGGUUCCUGUUCAGGAUAAAUCCAUCUGUUCCCAAAUCCCACCUAUGGACAGGUGUGCUGCGUUCAGGUGUGGCUCCUCUAGUUGUCAGUGGUCUGUGUGCUGUGCCUUUUAAACAGGCUGAAAACCUUUCUCAUGACAACCUGGUCCGACGAGCAGCUUCUCUGGUUACAGACAGUUCAAGCACUUUCCUCUCGCAGGUCACUUUGGCUCUGAUUGAUGCCAUCACAGAGUAUGCAAAGGCUGUACACACACUCAUCGCCCUACAAAGGCAGUAUUUAGACUCUUUAGGAAAAUUUAGUCCAGCACAAGAAGAUGCCAUCUGGCAGGUGAUCAUUAGCCAGCGUGCAGAGGUUAACUCUAAACAAGAGGAAAUGAAUCGCUUUGAGUCGACCUGGGUGACCUCAGUGAGGCUGUGUGAGAUGGCUGCCGAGGCGGCGUACAUAUCAGGAGCAGAGAAUGCGUCCGUCACGGUCAGGACAAACAUUCUGUUGGCCCAGUCGCAGGUGGAGGAGGCCCAGAAACUGUCACUGGAUGCUGAAAAGAAGCUUGCAGAGACUAAAGUCAUGGAGGUUGAAAAGAUGACACAAUACGCUGCCAGCCAAGGGAGCAGCAAUGAUGAAGAGGAGAUACCGGAGGCCUACCUAAGAGAAGACUGAAAUACAGUUAAUAUCAGAUAAUUUAUGGAGCUUUGCGCUCCCUUCUGGAUUCUUUUUGGUAUUGGAUGGUAAAAGUUGAUUGGUUGUCUUUAAAAGACAGCAUGACAAAAACAUCUCUUCUGUCUCAUCUAUCAUUUUAGAAGUUAAGCUUAAUAAAUAUCGCUUAAUAAUUCAGAAUUUAGUUUAAAAAUGAUAGUUUGUUGAUGCAUAUUUGCAAACUAUUCAUGUAAGUGUUUUUUUUUUGGUGUU